AUGCGUCACCACGAGGGAGCCAAUCCCAGGACUUGUGCAUUUUAUCUCAGGACUAUCGCGAUGUGGGAAGACUUGGACGAUUUGCUUGAUGAAUACGCCGACUUUUCCCUGGGAAAUGAUAAUACUUCGGAAUUGACAAAAUUUAUGUGUCAGAAAUAUGAAAAUAAGGUUGAUUUCAGUGUUAAAAAAUCCAAUCAGAAUCGAGAUAAAGCUGAUCGUGCGACCACAGACCAUGCUUUGGACAAACGCACGGUGUUUAUUAUUUUCAAAAUGAUUCAUCAGGGCGAUUUUGAUAAAAUUAAUGGCUGUAUUAGCACAGGCAAGGAAGCAAACGUUUAUCAUGCCAUCAGUUCUAAUGGCGAUCUGGCGCUCAAAUUACAUAUGACUUCUAAACUUUCAUUUAAGGCUCGAAAUAAAUAUGUGCAGGGUGAUUUCCGAAUGCGCCAUGGUUACUCAACGUGCAGUUCCUGGAAAUUGGUCUCUAAAUGGGCAGAAAAAGAAUACCGCAAUCUUAUUCGAAUCGAGAAGGCCGGAUCAAUUCCUUCUCCCCGUCCUCUUAAGCUUAAAGGUGUUCUUGUUCUCAUGACACUUAUUGGAAAGAAUGGUUUACCUGCGCCAAAACUCAAAGACGUUGCUAAUGAGAAGAACUGGUUAGAAUUCGGUCCUGAUCCUGAUUGGCCUCUUCUUUAUAGACAGGUUUUAGAGAAUGUUCGAACUCUCUUCCAGAAAUGUCGUCUAGUUCAUGGUGAUCUCAGUGAAUACAAUCUUCUCUACAUGGAUGGUAGAGCGUGGAUGAUUGAUGUUUCCCAGGCUGUAGAACACGAAUGUGAUCAAGCUCUCGAAUUGCUACGUGAAGACUGCUACAACGUAAACCACUUUUUCCGUCGUCAAGGUGUUAGCACUCUGACCCUCCGUGAAUUCUUUGAAUGGGUGGUUGAUCCAACUCUUCCUCAAGAAGAAAAUGAAUCAAAACCCUUUUUAGAUGUCAUCAUGAAGCAUGCCGAGGAGAGAGGAUUCAACGAAACCCUUAAUGUGGAGGACGAUGCUUUUCGGCGAGUCUAUGUACCAAGAAGGUUGGAGGAUGUCAGGCGAUAUGUGAGGGAUUUGAAACGACUCAAGACGGGAAUUAUCAAACCAGAGGAUCUGUACUAUACUGCCGUUACCGGCGUGAAGUCUGGAUUGCCUUAUUUUACCAUCAGCCCCCAAAAUGACAACCAUCAAGAGGAAGAGGCAGAGCAGGAUGAGGAAUCAAAUCACAGUGAUGAAAAUGAGGAAGAGGAUGAGAAUAAAAGGGGUGGAGAAAAGAGGACUUCUGGUUUUUUAUCCUCUCGACGACCGAAGAACGAGGAUCCAGAGAGCAAGAAAGCACGUAAAAAGGCUGUCCAAGUGGCAAAAGCCGAAAAGCGACGAGAAAAGAUUCCCAAACAUGUCAAGAAGCGGGCUGCAAAGGGCAAAUUAUAA